GCAGGCGAAGUACGACACAGGAAGUUCCGCCCCGAGAUCGACUGGUGGUAAAUUGUUGUCAUAACAAGCAAGUGGCUAACGCUAACGCUUGCUAACAAGCGAUCAAAAUAGGUUUGGGGUGUAUGCGUGUCCCAGUCUGAGAGGAUGGAGCAGUGUGCCUGUGUGGAGCGUGAGCUGGAGAAGGUUCUCCAUCGCUUUGUCAUGUACGGUCACCAAUCGGAGGAGAGGCUGGAUGAGCUCUUGAGGAGCGUCUGCGAGAUACGGGGACAGCUCGUUGCGUUCGGGGUACAAGAUGGAGACCUAUCGGUAUUGUCUCAAACUAUGGCACAGUGUUGUAAGAAUAUCAAAGAAACAGUCCAAAUGCUUGCAUCUCGGCAUAAGGACAUCCAUGGCAGCGUUUCAAAAGUAGGGAAGGCAAUCGACAGGAAUUUCGAUGCAGAGGUAAGCGCUGUGGUGGCAGAGACGGUGUGGGACUCACCGGAGAGACAGAAGUACCUGAGCGAGACCAUUGUAGAGCAUCUAUACAGGCAAGGGAUGCUCAACGUAGCAGAGGAUCUCUGCCAGGAGUCUGGAGUAGUCAUAGAUAUGAGCAUGAAGCAGCCUUUCUUGGAGCUCAACCGGAUCCUGGAGGCCCUGAGAAUGCAGGACCUCAGACCAGCACUGGAGUGGGCCGUGACAAACCGUCAGCGCCUCCUGGACUUGAACAGCAGUCUGGAGUUCAAGCUGCACCGCCUGUACUUCAUCAGCCUGCUCAACGGGGGCAUCGGCAACCAGCUGGAGGCGCUGCAGUACGCCAGGCACUUCCAGCCCUUCGCGUCCCAGCACCAGAGAGGUGAGCUGAGCCCGAGCCCCAGCCCAUCCCAGCCCUCACUGGCUGACCCCGGUAGCACAGGGCUAGACAUCCAGAUCCUGAUGGGUAGCCUGGUGUACCUGCGCCACGGCAUCGAGAACUCCCCCUACCGCACCCUGCUGGAGACCAACCAGUGGGCGGAGAUCUGCAACAUAUUCACCCGGGACGCCUGCGCUCUGCUGGGCCUCUCGGUGGAGUCGCCCCUCAGCGUGAGCUUUGCGUCAGGAUGCAUGGCCUUGCCAGUGCUGAUGAACAUCAAGCAGGUGAUCGAGCAGAGACAGUGCAGUGGAGUGUGGACACACAAGGAUGAGCUGCCUAUUGAAAUCGACCUGGGUAAGAAGUGCUGGUACCACUCUGUGUUCGCGUGUCCCAUCCUCCGCCAGCAGACGUCCGAGAGCAACCCGCCCAUGAAGCUUAUAUGUGGGCACGUCAUCUCCAGGGAUGCCCUCAACAAACUCACCAACGCUGGGAAAUUGAAGUGCCCCUACUGCCCGAUGGAGCAGAACCCGUCAGACGCCAAGCAGAUCUUCUUUUGAUCCCGCUGACUCUUUUGUCACAAGUAAGAACGAAGCUCCUCCCCGAGCCUCAACAGGACCUUCUGCUCACCUCCCAGCCCCCCUGCUCCUGUGCUCCCAGGCAGCCUGGAUGCCCCCCCCCCCCCCGCCCUCCGGACAGGUUUGGCCCAUGGGCAGCCGCCGUGUCCGUGUUAUUGGACCCCACCCACAUUGGCUUCACAACAACUUGUACAGAGAGCGGAUGGGAAGGUCCAUGUCUGCAACCCGUACCGGAGGAGUCUGCCGGUGUUACCAAGCGGAGGCCUCGCAGGAGGGACCCGCAGAGAUAGCUAAAAGAUCAUUCAUUGAAAGUCAUUUGUAAAUGCCUGCAAACCUAUUAUUUUUUUUCUUCACUUUUAAAAGUAUGUAAGAGUUUAAAAAAAAAACCCUCUCUUGGUUUAAUAAACUGAGUUGGCUUAUGGGUGAAUUUUUCCUCUUUGCGUUUCCCUGUUUUCUUUUGGAGAAUGGACUGCUCACAGGUGUUAUGGUUGUAGAGAGGGUACUGUACGUAUGGUAUUGUUUAAAGGAGGUAUGAUUUCAGCAUAGUAUUUAUCUUCUAUUGUAACCAAGAAAGGGCACAGAAUGCUCUGUGAAAGUAUAUUAGUUUGAGCGAGGAAGGGGCUUGAUCCUAGCGGAGGGGGUCGCAGGAGUUCCGGGCAGAACGGAACACUGAUUGUGAAUGUGACCCGUUUUUGCUCCGUUACGUUAAAAUAAAAGUCUCUCAUAGAUUACAUUAACUGUUGGCUCAUGUGAUGAUAAUGAGGGCGAUGGUAAUGAUCAGGAGGCUCUCGUCAACAGUAGAACUGCUUUUAUUUUCCUAACUUUUUUUGUUUCCUGUGACUGCACACCAGCAAAAAAUGUCAUUUACAGAAGCCCCAUGUGUUGUACCAUAAACGUAUGUAACAAAAACCCAUUA